UUACGUGUUUAUAGAUCCAAGAUUAUUUAAUUUUUACACAAAUAUUAAUGCCAUUGAAGAUACAAGGAUAAUAAUAGAUUUUUUAACCUCGUCAACCCUUUUUAAUGCUAGUCUAAUACACACACAUUAAGUAGUUUUAAUUUAAGGUCGUUACCAAUUGAAUUUAAUUACUGUUCAAUGGUGAUUUUAAAUGAGCUUUAAAUUACAAAUUACAAUUAAAUUUCCAAUAAAAAAACAUUUGUUAAUGUUCAAAAUUUAACAGGCAAAGUAACGCCUCCAUAAUGGAUGAACAUUUAUAUAUUCACAUUGGGAGACACCCACUACUAAAACCAAAAGUAUUAAAAGAAUUCGUUUUAACUAUUUACCAUCAUUAAGUAGUGUAUAAUAGAAUCGGAAACAUUAUUAUAAAUACAAAAUGUUGCCUAGAUUUUUAACAAAAAAUUAUCCACUAGAUAAACAUUUAUUUUUAAUACCUCGUUUCGCCUUGAGUCUCAUAGGAUAUUAUCCGGAAUCAGAAAGGACUACUAAGGUGCAACUAUGGUCGUUCUUCAAUAUUGUAAUUUUGGGCUAUGGCUGUUAUGCGGAAUUUUAUUAUGGCAUUCACUACUUGAGCAUCGAUAUACCUUCGGCGUUGGAUGCUCUUUGUCCCGUGGCCUCAAGUAUUAUGUCGUUUUUAAAAAUAUUUUUCAUUUGGUGGUAUCGAGAGGAAUAUAAAUUUCUUAUAGAAAAAGUUCGUUAUUUGACGGCCCAACAAAACUCCAGUGGUAAAGUGCAAAUGAAAAAGAGAUAUUUCACAUUAGCAACACGCUUAAAUGCUUUGGUAUUCUUUUUUGGCUUUUGUACCAGUACUUCAUACACUUUACGACAUAUUGUCACUAAUACAUUUUUGUAUCUCAAAGGUCAACCCAUAAUUUAUGAGACACCAUUUAAAAUGAUGUUUCCAGAAGCUCUUCUUUCAAUGCCAAUUUACCCGAUAACUUAUAUAUUAGUCCAUUGGCAUGGAUAUAUAACGGUUUUAGCAUUUGUCGGUGCAGAUGGCUUCUUUUUGGGAUUUUGCUUUUAUUUUUCCACACUUCUGAAGGCCAUACAACAAGACUUGCAAAGUAUAUUGACUGAUAAUGGAACUAAAAACAAUUGCCGAUAUGACUCUGAGGAAAAGGUUUGCGCGGCCCUGGAAGAUAUAAUAGAACGUCAUAAUGAAGUUGCCGAGCUUACUGACAAAUUUUCCUUGAUAAUGGUAGAGAUAACAUUGUGUCAUUUUAUUACCUCAAGUAUAAUUAUAGCAACUAGUGUUGUGGAUCUUUUACUAUUUUCCGGUUACGGCAUUAUAGUCUAUGUCGUUUAUACUUGUGCCGUUUUAACUGAAAUUUUUCUAUACUGUUUGGGCGGAAAUACUGUUAUGGAUAGUAGCGAGGAUUUGGCCACGAAAGCCUAUAGCAGUGAAUGGUAUACACACAGUGUUAAAAUCCAAAAAAUUGUUUUGCUAAUUAUGGUACGUUCCCAACGAGCAAUUAUUAUAAAAGUACCAUUUUUUGCUCCAUCUUUACCAGCACUAACUGCGAUUUUACGUUUUACUGGUUCUGUUAUUGCUUUAGCUAAAUCUGUGAUUUAAAGAAUAAGUAAUUCUAGUAUUUAUAUUUAAUUUAUAUGUCAACAUAAAUGUAUUUUAUUUUAGAGCACAUUAAUAAUGAUUUUUAAACAUCUUAUAAAAUAUAUAUGAUAUUAUUGCGAAAUUAAGUUUACAAUUGAAAUUUAAUGGUAUUUAACGGUGAGCGUUUCAUGUGGUUGUCUAAGGAAACUAUGGAACUAUGGAAACUACAAAGUUCAUCAGUAUUGUAUAGAAAUAAAACUGACUUUGGUUAAAAGUAAUUAAGCGUAAUGAAAUAAAUUUGUUAAUAUUAAAAAAUAAAUGUAGUUCAUCAGUUAUUAUCUACAAUUGUCCUUUAAUGUAAAUGUCUAAAAUUAACUACAUUUGAAUUCAACAUCAGAAUAAUUUAUUUAGUAGUAUA